AUGACUGUUGAUUAUAAAAUCGACUUUACGACUUUCAGCAACGUCAUCAACAACGAAUUGACGUCUACGGCAAAGACGAGACAUGCAAUCAAUCCCAGCACGGAAGAGGCGCUCGCCGAAGUGCCCGUGGCCACCAAGGCGGACGUAGAGGAAGUUGUCAAACAUGCCCGGGCAGCAUUCCCCGGCUGGAGCGACCUUUCCUACGACGAGCGCGCAAAGCACCUCGUCGCGCUGGCGGACGGCCUCGAGGCCAACUCGCAAGCCUUCCAGGACCUGCUCGUCCAGGAAUCGGGCAAGCCGGCGCAGACGGCGGCCAUCGAGGUGGCCAUGAGCGUCGGGCACCUCCGCGAGAUCAGCAAGCUGCGGAUCCCAGAGGACGUCAUCGAGGACACGGAGGAGCGCACGGUGGUGGUGCGGCACAUCCCGCUCGGGGUGGGCUGCGGCAUCGUGCCGUGGAACUGGCCGCUGCUGCUGGGCGUCGGCAAGGUGGGCUCCGCGCUGCUGACCGGCAACACCUUCAUCUGGAAGCCGUCGCCCUUCACGCCCUACAGCGGCCUCAAGCUGGGCGAGCUGGCCGCCCGCAUCCUGCCGCCGGGCGUGCUGCAGGUCGUCAGCGGCGGCGACGACCUGGGCCCCAUGCUCACCGACCACCCGGGCGUCGACAAGGUCAGCUUCACCGGCUCCACCUUCACCGGCAAGAAGGUCAUGGAGAGCUGCAGCCGCUCCCUCAAGCGCGUCACCCUCGAGCUCGGCGGCAACGACCCGGCCAUCAUCUGCGACGACGUCGAUCUCGACAAGGUCGUUCCCAAGAUCGGCACCUUCGCCUUCCUCAACUCGGGCCAGAUCUGCAUGGACAUCAAGCGCAUCUACGUGCACGAAAACAUCUACGACCGCUUCCGCGCCGCCCUCGUCGACUUCACCGCCAAGAACGUCAAGACGGGCCCCGCGUCGGAUCCCGACGUGCUGGUCGGCCCCAUCCAGAACAGCAUGCAGUACGAGAAGGUCAAGGACAUGUACGCCGAGAUCGCGAAGCAGGGGUGGAACGCGGCGCUGGGCGGCGCCGUGCACGAGCGGAACAGCAGCACCGCCAAGGGCUACUUUGUCCACCCCGCCAUCAUCGACAACCCGCCCGACGACAGCCGCAUCGUCGUCGAGGAGCCCUUUGGCCCCAUCGUGCCGCUGCUCAAGUGGCGCGACGAGGCCGACGUCGUCAGGCGCGCCAACGACACCAAGAUGGGCUUGGGCGCCAGUGUUUGGAGCAGGGACCUCGACCGCGCGGGCCGGAUGGCCAAGAAGCUCGAGGCGGGGAGCGUGUGGGUCAACACGCACUUUGAGCUGGCGCCGAACGUGCCGUUUGGAGGCCACAAGUGGAGCGGCUUCGGAAUGGAAUGGGGUGUCGUGGGCAUGAAGGGGUGGUGCUACACUCAGUCCAUGUGGACGAGGAAGGAGUUCUAA